CAAAAUUUCCCGGAUUCUCAACAAUUCAUAAAAUGGAUGAUGAUUUCGGGGAUGAAUCGAGCACCAUUAUCGAGGAGGACUACUACACUUUCCUCAAUGUGCCCAAGAAUGCCACGACAGAGCAGAUUAACACAGCUUAUCGACAUCUCAGUCGAAUUUACCAUCCGGACAAGCAUGUGGCAGAUGUACGAAAGAAAAUUGAAGCAGAGGCACUAUUUAAUCGUCUCAAAACUGCCUAUGAAGUCCUUUCGGAUCCUCACAAGCGUGCAAUUUAUGAUUCCUUGGGUGUCCGUGGUUUGGAAACAGAUGGCUGGGAAUUGACAUUGAGGCAGAAGACACCGGCUGAAAUUAGAGAAGAAUAUGAGAGGCUGGAAAAGGAGAGGGAAGCGAGAGCAUUGCAGCAAAAAACGAAUCCUAGGGGUAAUGUCACGGUUAUGAUUAAUGCUACAGAAAUCCUGAGUCCCUACUAUGAUGAAUUUGAUGAAAAAAUCAUCCCUUCAGUGGAAGUUUCCGGGAUCAGCAUGACGCAAUCAAUCGAUGCUCCCUUAACUUUGCGAGACACCGUGACACUCUCGGGGAGUUUAUCAUCUCAAAAAGGCAUCGGAAAUGGUGCUUUCACUGUAUCUGGACGUCGUCUCCUCAAUAAGGGGUGGGUGGCGGUCGACUUAACUGCCGGCAAUGGUCCAGCUGUUGGUGUCAAGGGCUCUCGGACUCUCAGUCAGAAGGUAUUUGCCAACUUUGGUGGAAGUCUUAAUCUCCGAUCAAAUGUUCUUGUUCCAGCAUUUAUGUCAUCUUUGGCUUGUCAGCUAAGCAAGCACACUGUGGGUUAUUUGACCUACAACAUUGGAGGAUCAGCACGAUCAAUGUCAACAGUCGUGGAGCAAAAUACGGAAAAACAUCAAUUCCAACUAACCCUCCUGGUGGGUAUUCCCCAUUGCUACGUCUCCGCAGCCUACACGCGGAAAUUGUUGGAGCAAGAACUAAAACUUCGUGUAGCUACCAAAGUAGGAACAUUUGGCGUUCUAGCGGAGUAUGGAGCUGAGAAAAAGAUCUCCAAGUAUAGUUCAGUUGUUGCUACAGUGUCUGUAGGAGUUCCCACGGGUGUAACGCUAAAGAUAAAAUAUAUCCGUUCAACGCAAACCUUUAUCUUUCCAAUCCAUUUGAGCGAGGAGAUCAUUCCCGCAGCGGUGUUCUAUGCUACCGUAACACCCCUAUGUAUAUUCUUCGUGGUGAAGAAGCUGGUAAUUGAGCCAUUAAAUGAUGAGAAGCGUCAAAAAAAGAUUGAGAAGGCCAAAGAAGUAAAUCGAGAACGAAUGGCAGCCAAAAAGAAAGAAGCUGAAUCCUCCAUUGACCUCAUGUCCGCCACUUUUGCACGUAUUCGCGAGGAUGAGAGUAAGACCAAAGGGUUAAUCAUCGAUGUAGCUACAUACGGGAAGGCAGAUUCCACAGAUGAGGAGAGAUUUGACGUUACAAUACCCCUACAGUGCCUAGUCCGCAAUAGUCAACUAAAUCUACACGCAACGCCCAAGAGUGAACUUCCUGGAUUCUAUGAUCCCUGUGUUGGGGAAGAUAAGACCCUACGGGUGCAGUUCACGUAUCGCGAAAAAAAUCACAGCAUGGAGAUCAAUGACAAAGAACCCCUUCAGCUACCAGGUAAAAAAAACCAACACAAAUUUAACGAAAAAGGAAAACAAAAUAAAAACAUCUUUCUUAUUGUCCUGCAGGAUUGCUCGGAAAGUAAAGUGAAAAACGGCUUCAUCAAAUUAUAGUUGGAAUCCAAGUCGGGGACUUUUUUUUAGAGUACAAUAAAUACUACUUUGUUGACAAGCGA